UGACAAAAGUAAUAACAUCUUUCAUAUUAAAAAGUUCACAUAUUUAAGAAAAAUUUGUCCAUUACUGUUAGAAAUUGAAGUAAGUUGGACUGAAGCUGAACAAUGUCGCAAACUAGUGAUUCUGCUAAUCUUUGAGAUAAAAUUUUGCCGUACACAAUCUCCAUAGUUUCUCCUUCAGCACGAAAAUAAACUGGCAUUUAGUUUAACGCACACAUUUUAGCAGUACUAUUUAUCCCUUGCAAGUUUACUUCUAGAUAAGCGUUAUGAUCAUAUUAGUCUUUCUUUCGCUGUAUUUUUUCUGUAACGCUGCAAUAAAAGACUCAGGUGAAUUAAAUAAAUAACUUGAGUAAAACUGGUUCACUACUGUUUCUUUAAAUCCUUAUAAAACAACACUUAGAAAAGAAAACUAGAAAAAUCCUGAACGGUUUUAAAAAAUCGUUCUGCAGUUUCGAUGUCUUUAAAAAUAUAUUCUUUUUGAUUUUCAAUUUAUUCACAUACGAUUUCGCCGGUGAUUCUUGAGUUUGAAAAUCGUCGUUGAUCUUAUACAAAACUGAUUUAUUUUUUGGAAAAUCGAUUUUGAGUUUUUGGUAAAUCAGCGGCGAUUUUCCGAAAAAAAAUCGAUUUUAUUUUCUGGAAAAUACAAACCUAUUUUAUGAAAAACGUAAAAUUCCUGAAAAUCAUAUUUUCUAGCAAGUAGAAAAUCGCUGGUGAAUUCGUAUAUGGACAAAUUGAAAAUCAUGUUUUAUUUUCUAUAACUUAUUUUCAAGUUUACAGUGGGGUAUCAAUUAUUUUGAUCACCAAAAAAAGAUACUUUUGAUCACCAAAUUUUCCAAAUUUUUAUUCAUGAAUAGAGUACAAUGUACAAAUAUAAAAAAAUAUUAAACACGACAAUAUUUAUGGUUGUAGAAAAAGUAUCUUUUUUUGGUGAUCAUUUGUAUCUAAAAGCAUUUGGUGAUCAAAAGUAUAUUUUUUUGGUGAUCAAAAGUACUUUUUACCUUUACAGUGUAUGUUCGUCAUAUUGAUUGAAAAUAAUGAUAUGGUGAUUUUUCCGUUAAUUGAAUAAUUAAAUAUACAAAUAAACGUUUUGAAAACUGAUAUCUUUUUCUGAUUUUCAUCGUCAAAGUUUCUUAGCAUUAGUCAAGGUUCACAAUUUGAAAUUCACUACGAGAGUUUGAUUUUUUUGUUUAGGUUACCAUCCUCCUCAUCGAAAUCAAGUUCAACGUGAGCUGAAACGGCUUCAUGGCGUUCACAUGUCCCGUUUGAAGCAGACAUUGAAAAAUGUCACAAAUGUGGCUUUAACAUCAGACUUUUGGUCAGACCGGCGUAAUAAUUCAUAUCUUUGUUUGACUGGUCACUAUAUGGACACCGAUGUGUCAAUGAAGUCAACUGUUUUACAUUUUCAAUCGUAUAGCCAACGUCACUUUGCUCAAAAUAUUGCUGCAGAAGUCAAUACCCGGCUUCGUGAAUUAGGUAUUGACAAAAAGAUCACAUCGGUCACUUGUGAUGGGGCACAGAAUAUGCAAAAUGCAUUUGAUACAAUUGAUCAAAUCGAUCGAUUAUGGUGUGUCGCACAUCGAUUACAUUUAACAAUUUGUAACGGACUUGGAUUGUGGAAAAAAUUUAAAAAGCAACAUGGUGAAUCGGACAAGAUGGAUAUUGCUGAUAAUGAUUUACUUGAUAUUCAAACUCCAUUCGACGAGUCACAAUCACAAAAUACAUCAAACGAUGAUAUGGAAUUGAGUGAAGCUUCCGAAGAUGAAGAAGAUAUUGAUGAUGACGAAGACGAAGAAAAUCUUGAUUUAAUAUUCGACAGCUGGGAUGAGCAAGUCUUGACGGCAGAAGAUGUGAAUAUCGAAAUUGAAGACGAUAAUAAUGAAGAACAAAUUGAAAUAACGAAACGGAAAGUAGUCGAGACCAUGCAAAAAUGCCGAUCAUUAAUCAAAAUCGUACGCCGGUCACAGAUUUUCACAUUGUUUAUUAAUGAUGAAAAAAAUCGAUUGAAUGUACCUCGUCGACUAAUUGUUGACUGUAUUACCCGAUGGAACUCUACCUAUCUUGCACUCAAAGCUCUCUUGGAACAUAAACAAGUGUUGAUCAAUCUUUUUGACAAUAAAUGUCAACUUAAAUUAUCAACGAAACAAAAAGAAAAAUUGACAGCAUCACAAUUAUCCAGCGACGAAUGGACAAUUAUCAUUCAUUUAAUUGAAAUUCUCGAACCAUUUCAACUUGCUACUGAACUGCUUAGUGGUUCGCAGUAUCCAACGAUUGGGAUAUGCCUUUUUGUUCUACGUAAUCUCAAAGAUUUUUUGAAAACCGAAAGUGAUAAUGAAUCAUACACUAUGACUAGAUUGAAAAGUUGUCUUGCCAAGUCAAUGAAUCAUUAUUUCAAUGACAAAGACGAACAACAUUUAUUGCUUAUUGUAAGUGUUUUUUAA